AUGUUUCUCUGUCGUACUUCGCGUAGCACAUCCUCCGUUGUUGCUGCGGCCCUCACGUCCUCCCAUCGCUUCCACGCCACCGCUGCGCAGGCUGCGGCCUCCUCCUCCUCCUCUUUUUCCUCUACUUCCUCCACUGAUGAGGAAAGUAAAUCAACACAACAACAACAACAACGAGAAGAAGGAAAACAACAACAACAACAAACGGAAACAGGAGAGAAAUCUCAGAACAAAGCGGAUGCGCUUGGUGCCCCCACUGCCCCACCUCGUCGCCGCAACAUUAUUGUUCUGAGCAACACCACGAAGGGAGUGUACAUCCACCCCACAAACCACAUUGCCUCGUGGUAUUGGUUUGUGACGGACUUCCACAAGUGGUUCGUUGGCAUUGUCUUUCUCUUCGUCGGCUCGCAGGUCCUCGCGCGGUAUCGUGUGGCGAAGCUGCAGACCGUCGUGCAGGCGCAGUUGGGCGAGAACCUCCUCGACCAGCGCACCCGCGAUCUCCUCGGCGACAUUGAGGGACUCCGCCGCAAGGAUCCCGCCCGCCUCGAGCAGGAGGCAAACGUCUAUCACGAGCAGUUCUGGCACCGCCGCGCCGUGGCCGCCGCAGAGGCACGGCAGGAAGUGCGUAAAGUGGAACUGCAGCGCGGACUUAUGCAGGGAGAGGCGAGGGGAACAGAUAUGACAGAGUGGCUCGGCGCAAAGGCAAAGGAUGAUGAGGAAAGAGAAGUAGCACGCCGCACACAAGAUUACAUUCAGGGAUUUCACCAGCAUCUCAAGUCAAAACGACUCAUUUAG